AUGCGCAUUCUCGUCAUCUAUGCGACCGUUGAAGGGCAGACACGGGAAAUCGCCGAGCAUAUCGAGCGCUAUCUGAAGGACAAUCAGCACGAGGCGGUCAUGGUCGACACCACCCAUCCGCCCGACUCGCUGUCCAUCGACGAGAUCGACGGCAUCAUAUGCGCCGGUCCGGUGCAUAUCGGUGCUUUUCCGGCACCGUUGCGCCGUUAUGUCGAACGCCACAAGCGCGAACUGAUGGCGCGGCCGGGCGUGUUCGUUUCCGUGUCGCUGACGGCGGCUGGCGACGAUGCCGGCGAGUGGGAAGAGCUCAAUGAAAUCACCGCCCAUUUCAGCGAGGAAACCGGCUGGUGGCCGGUCUCGGUGCACCAUGCCGCCGGCGCGCUGAAAUACACCGAGUAUGAUUUCUUCCGCAAAUGGAUGCUCAAGCGCAUCGCCGACAAGAAGGAUGCGCCGACCGACACGACCCAUGACUAUGAGUUCACUGACUGGGGCGCGCUCGACCUGUUCGUCGACGGGUUCGUCAAGGACAUUCCGGACGUCGCCGGCAAGAUCUGA